CUGAUCGUGCUUUUAUAGUGUGAAUAUGACACAUGCGUGGAUCUCAUACGAUGGUUAGACACGCUCGAGGCGUGGUAUGAUGGGGUCUUAUUCCACGGAAAUGCCGACAUGUUGACUAUGGAAGACUUCUUCGACUUUGGGAAGGCAAGCAUUGUGAGAUUAUUGUCUCCGCUAACACCUAACAGGACGUGGUCUUGGCCCCGUCUACGUGCAAACAGAUGUUGACAGGGCUCACGCAGCUCGAUGUUGACCCUAACGAUGAACAGGUGUACACGCCCGUUAUAGCACAGGUGCGCGCGGUGAUGCGCCAUCGGAAAAAAGAGGUCCAAAACUACAUGGCCAAGAUAAUGAUUCUAAUGGAGGAACGAGAAAUGUCGCUGGGCCAUGGCUGAGUGGGUAUGUUACUGACAGCCCCGUCCGAUCUGGAUUGAUUCACGUCUGUUACCUCCGUUUCCAAUACCAUUGACGACCUUUCUCUUCCGCGAACGGGAUGCACCGGCGUGGAAGAUUCCAGUGGUUCUAAGCCCGCCGUCGUGGGUCGCCGUGUCUAAGCAAGGGCUUUACGUGUUAACUUUACGGCACUGACUGGCGCCUUGUACAUUGGCUGCGGCCGAAGUUGGCCGAACGCCACAAGGCUGAUGGUAGCCGCGCGUUUUUCGAACCGCGCUGCCUUGACCCCGACCACACCCUCCAUUUGCCACCGCCUGCCGGCUUCGAAGAGCUCUUCGUCCGCGGAACCCCGGGGAGAUAUCUUUUUGCGUGUGUUGCCCAACUUCGAAGAUCAAUCGUACGUGGAGCACUCCAA